UUGAAAAAAAAAUCUACUACUUCAUUGUUAAAAUGAAUAGCGGGAUACUAUUUGGUUUAUUCUAUUUACAAGUUAGGGGGUGAAGGCUCAGGCUUAUACUUGAAUUAUUUAAACCUCCCAGAUGAAUUAGUCAUUCAAAGGAAAUUUAAAUCUUAAAGUCAAACUACCAUGACCGACAAUUCAAUUCUGCUUAUCCCUGUGCGUAAACUGAGGGAUUGGGCAUUUGUUUUCACUGCAGAUUCGGAAUUUCUCAGCUGCAGGAUGAGGCAGAAUUAUUGCUUUAACACCAACAGGAUUCUGCGUAUACUUCUUUAUCAUUUCUUUUUUAUAUCCAUGAGCUUGGCCUUUGCGAAGACACCCAUAUCUGGAAUUGAAUCAGAUCAUUUGGCUCUACUUGAUCUGAAAAGUAGAGUACUCAACGACCCACUCAAAAUCAUGAGCUCUUGGAACGAUUCCAGGCAUUUAUGUGAUUGGACUGGCAUUACUUGUAAUUCCACCAUUGGAAGAGUUAUGGUCUUGGACUUGGAAGCUCACAAACUGAGUGGUUCGAUACCAAAUUCUUUAGGAAAUAUGACUCAUCUCAUUGCAAUUAGAUUGGGAGACAACAGACUCCACGGCCAUAUUCCUCAAGAAUUUGGUCAGCUACUACAAUUACGUCAUCUCAAUUUGUCCUACAAUAACUUCAGUGGCGAGAUUCCAGGAAAUAUAAGUCAUUGCACCCAGCUGGUUCAUUUGGAGUUGGGCAACAAUGGGCUUGAAGGUCAGAUUCCACACCAGUUGUUCACGUUAACCAAGUUGAAACGACUCAGUUUUCCCAAUAACAAUUUGAUUGGAACUAUCCCAUCUUGGAUAGGAAACUUUUCUUCCCUCCUUCAUUUAUCAGUCGCGUAUAACAAUUUUCAAGGAAACAUUCCCAACGAACUGGGGCACUUGAGAAGAUUGGAGUUCUUUGCAAUUACAGCAAACUAUUUGACAGGUACAGUGCCACUUUCACUCUAUAAUAUAACUUCUUUGACUUUGAUGAGUCUUACUGCAAAUCGACUUCAAGGAACUCUACCACCAAAUAUCGGAUAUACACUACCCAAUCUUCAGAUCUUUGUUGGUGGCGGCAAUAAUUUCACAGGGUCUAUUCCCACGUCGUUUGCCAACAUCUCCGGUCUUCGAGAAUUAGAUCUUCCUAGUAACAGUUUCGUUGGAAUGCUACCUAAUGAUUUGGGGAGCUUAAAAGACUUAGAGAGACUCAAUUUUGAAGACAACAUACUUGGAACUGGAAGAGUUGGUGACUUAAAUUUUAUCAGCUCCUUGGCUAAUUGUACUAGUCUAAAGGUUUUGGGUCUGUCAUGGAAUCAUUUUGGAGGAGUAUUGCCUUCAUCUAUUGGCAACCUAUCAAGCCAGCUCACAGCGUUAACCUUGGGUGCAAAUAUGUUAAGUGGAAGCAUUCCUUCUGCGAUUGCAAACCUGAUUAACUUGCAACAUCUAGUGGUGGGACAGAAUUAUUUGAAUGGAAGUGUUCCUCCUAAUAUUGGGAAUCUUCAAAACUUGGUGAAGCUAUUUUUGCAAGGUAACAAUUUAACUGGGCCAAUUCCAUCAUCUAUUGGUAACUUGUCUUCGAUAGUUAAGCUUUACAUGAACGAUAACAGACUUGAAGGAAGCAUACCAAGAAGCUUGGGACGUUGCAAAACGCUUCAAAUUCUUAACCUAUCUGGUAACAAACUUAGUGGCCUUAUACCAAAUGAAGUUCUUCAUUUCUCUUCCUUUUUGGCCUAUUUGGCCUUGAAUAAUAACUCACUUACUGGUCCAUUAGCACUUGAAGUGGAUGAGGUGGUUAGUUUGAUAACGUUGGAUGUAUCAAAGAACAAAUUAUCAGGUAACAUUUCUAGCAAUCUUGGUAAAUGUGUAAGCAUGCGUUACUUGGAUUUGAGUGGUAACCAAUUUGAGGGAACAAUUCCUCAAUCUUUAGAAACUUUGAAAAGUCUUGAAGUACUAAAUCUUUCCAGUAACAACUUGUCUGGGUCAAUUCCCCAAUUUCUUGGUCAGCUUCACUCACUCAAGUAUGUCAAUCUAUCCUAUAAUGACUUUGAGGGGAAAGUGCCAACAGAUGGAAUUUUUUCCAAUUCAACCAUGAUUUCUAUCAUUGGAAAUAAUGAUCUAUGUGAUGGUUUACAAGAAUUAAGUUUACCUCCGUGCAAGCCUAACCAAACACAUUUGCCCGAUAAGCGGUCUCUAACAUCAAAGGUGUUGAUCCCUGUAGUAUCUACCGUCACAUUCAUUGUUAUUUUGGUGAGCAUACUUUUCGUGUGUUUUGUGUUUAAGAAGUCCAGGAAGGAUAAUUCAACUCCAUCUUCUACAAAGGAGCUUCUACCACAAAUUUCUUAUUUAGAACUGAACAAAUCAACUAACGGAUUCUCUAUGGACAAUUUGAUUGGUUCGGGUAGUUUUGGCUCUGUGUAUAAAGGUGUUCUUCCAAAUGGUGGAUCUAUUGUUGCCGUUAAGGUUCUAAACCUCCAACAACAAGGUGCUUCCAAGAGUUUUAUUGAUGAAUGCAACACUCUCUCAAACAUACGGCAUCGGAAUCUCCUCAAGAACAUAACUUCUUGCUCAAGUAUUGAUGUACAAGGCAACGAAUUCAAAGCAUUAGUCUUCAAUUUCAUGUCCAAGGGAAAUCUUGAUUGUUGGCUUCAUCCUGCAAAUCAAGGACACGAUCAAAGAAGGUUGAGUCUCCUCCAAAGAUUGAAUAUUGCUAUUGAUAUAGCAUGUGGAUUAGAUUAUCUUCAUAAUCUUUGUGAAAUUCCUAUUGUUCAUUGCGAUCUAAAGCCUAGCAAUAUAUUGCUUGACGACGAUAUGGUAGCUCAUGUAGGAGACUUUGGGUUAGCUAGAUACAUGUUGGAAGGACCGAAUGCACCAUUAUCUUUUAGUCAAACCAUGUCACUUGCACUCAAGGGUUCUAUAGGGUAUAUUCCUCCAGAAUACGGCACUGGUAGCAGAAUUUCCAUCGAAGGAGAUGUCUUCAGCUAUGGUAUACUACUAUUAGAGAUGCUCAUCGGAAAAAGACCCACUGACGACACAUUUGGUCAUGGUGUGGACAUUCAUUUGUUCGCUACCAUGGAGCUAUCUCGAGAUGCCUUGGGCAUAAUCGAUCAUUCUAUGCUAUUAGUAGAAACAGAUCAAAAAGAAGAAAGAGAAGACAAUAUACAAGAAAUAGCGACAAUGAGUGAGGAACAACACAGAAAAAUCAUACCGAGAUAUGUGGAAGAAUGUCUAGUAUCAAUGAUGAGAAUCGGAUUGUCAUGCUCCUUGAGGGCACCUAGGGAGAGAACACCGAUGAAUGUGAUCGUUAAUGAAUUGCAAGCAAUUAAAAGCUCCUAUCUCAAAUUUAAAAAGACACGCCAGAGGUAACAUAGAUAUUUGUUUCCCCAAGAUUGAGAGAAGAAUGAAUAUACUUGGCCACAACAAGCAAUGGGUUGUUCUAGAAAUGCCACCUUUCAAACCAUCCAAGUUGACAAUUUACAAUAGAUGGUGAAAUGUUUCUCAAUUAUGAUGAUAAUACCAUUUUUCACUUUUUGUUCCUAAACUCACUUUUACGUUAUAUAUUUUUUUCACGCAA